AUGGAAUUGCAUCAAGUGUCCGACUAUUUAUGCACGGUGAUGUACACUGCAACGAACCCACGAAAACGUUUCAAAAACACCAGUAACGUGACGACACAACGACACGACACCGUGUUAAAACUUGAUUGACGCGGUUGAAACUCGGGCUUGAAACGAAACUGCAGUAUCGAAAUUUGCUUCCUUUAUUAUAUCACCGCAUAUAACUGCAUCUGCCAGCGAGCAAGCAUGCUGCUCGAGUUCCACAGCCAGGCCAGAAAAUCCUAUUGAAAUUUCAUCAAAGCCCGCGCCCAGCCAUGGCGAAGCAGUCGAAACUUGCCGGCUUUCUGCUCGCCACGUGGUUGCUCGGCAUCGUCGCCACUGAAUCGAGAAUAAGCGAGCCUGUGCACAGCUUGCACGAGCACGAGAUCGUUUACCCCCGGGUGAUCCCGGCUGAAAACGCGCGCAACAAACGAUCGGCUCACGAUCGAGGAACUCCGCUCGAAGACCUCGAAGAGCAACUGAUAUUCCUCGGCGUCAACAAUUGGACUUUGAGGACCGUGGCGAACGAUCGAUUGACACUGUCGUCGAACUUCACUGUGAAUUGGGUGCACAGCAGCGGCACGAAAUUCGACGGAUAUCACGGCAUGGUGGAUUGCGAUCUUCGACAGGGUGGCUUGACCGGUGACGAGAAUUCGUUCGCCGUGGUGACGUUGUGCAAGGAGGAACUGUACGCGUUGGUGUUGAUCGGUCAGAGAUCGUUCUUCGUGCAGCCGCUGACGAAUGGCCAGCACGUGAUCUUCCAGUCGAGGGAUGAACGGUGGUGGUCGGCUACGGAGAACUCGAAUUUUGUCUCGGUGACUCCGGCGAAUCCUCCACGCACAAAGAAAUCGAACGAAUUUGAGGAGAGCAAUGAAAAGACCAAACGGAUCAAACGAUCCAGCGAUCACGACGACGACCCUGUAAAUCACGACGUUCAGGGAUUUUAUAAUCUCUCCGGUGACGUCUUUGACGUAGAGUGCCCAGAAGCUGAGAAAUUGAUUUUCUACGAUGAAAAAGACGAGAUACCUACGGAGUAUAACGACACGAUAGUGGAAGAAUUAUCAAUUGACGUGAACCCUGAGGAGAUUGAACAUUUCUCCGGUCCUAAAUGGCAAAGGACUAGAUCUUCAAAGAAAAGGCCAACUGCUAAGGGACCACCGCCACGAUGGCUAGAGAUUGGCAUAGCUGCUGAUUAUUCCGUGAUAGAUUUCCACGGAAUUCGUGUGCAACAAUAUAUCAUGGCUCUCUUAAACAUCGUUCGUCACGGCGAUGCCAGACGAUCCCUCGAAAAUGUGAACAAAUGGAACAGGAAGAUGUUGUCCUCAACGGAUGCGAAUUACGAUGUUGCAGUAUGGCUGACGAGGUUAGACAUCGGUGGUCCUUCUGGUUACGCACCUGUGUCAGGUGUAUGCGAUCCCGCGAGAUCGUGUGCCUUAAAUCGAGACGAAGGUUUGACCAGCGCUUUUAUCAUUGCGCACGAAGUAGCACACAUCCUAGGUUUGACUCACGACGGGGACGAAACGACGGGAAACGCGUGCAAGGAAGAGGGAUCUCGAGGAAGCGUAAUGGCACCGAUGGUCGCAGCAACGUUCCAUCAUUUUUAUUGGUCUGCUUGCUCGAGGAAGGAGUUCCAUCGCAGAGUAAGACGGUGGCCCUGUUUGUCGAAUAAGCCGAAAAACGAUGGCUUCGGUCAACUGAAGACCACCGUUCAGGAAACGUUUACAAUGGACGAGCAGUGUCGUAUGGAGUUUGGUGAAGGUUACGAACAUUGUAAAACUUUCGAUGUUGCGGAACCGUGCUCUCAUUUGUGGUGUGGUAACAGUAACGUUUCUGAAAGAUGCAAAACCAAAAAGGGACCACCUUUAGAGGGCACGUUAUGUGGUAGCUCAAAGUGGUGUAUAAACGGUCGAUGUCAGUCGACAAAUAGAAAAAAAUUCGAUAUUGGAACAAUGCUGAAUAAACCUAGAGACGGGGAUUGGAGUGCUUGGAGUGCCUGGGACAAGUGUUCGAGGACUUGUGGAAUCGGAGUACAGUGUCGAACACGGAAAUGCAACAAACCUCUGCCUGCUUACGGCGGGAAAUACUGUUCAGGGCCGAGCGACGAUUGCAGACUUUGCGAUUUGCCGAAGUGUUUAACUUCCGUCGACCUCAGAGCCCAACAGUGCGCGAAACUCGGCAACGUUCUACAUGCCGAAAGAGUACGAUCCAACAACGACGUGACCUGGUUACCAUACGCAUCCGAGCAGGAGAAUCUGAAAUGUCGAUUGAUCUGCAGAAGCAAAGAGACAGGCGAGAUAUUUUACACUAGGAAGCAUUUGAUUGACGGCACGCCUUGCUCCUAUGGAUCGACAGAUAUUUGUGUACAGGUAAUGUGAAAAUGUUCCACGUACGUGCAAUUAGAAAUAUUUUAUCGUACGAACACUCGAUCGGGGAACUGUCAAUGGAAAUUUAACGAAUAUUUAGCGAAUAUCCAAACUCAAUUCUCUGAAGGAAACGAGACCUUAAAUGGAAAGAUUUUAUUCCCUCUUUCUAACUUAUUUUCUCGAACAUAGAAUUAUUACUCUCUGAUCUUUCUCUGUUAUUAUGUCACGAUUUUGUAUGCAACUAACACUUUUUGUAUGCAAAUUAAAAUAUUGCACCACGUUCCAAGCGAUGACUGUGUGUCUUCGAUAAAAUUGAUAAUAAAUUAAAAUUCACACACAAAAUUCAAAAUUAUUUUCGCUAGAAAUGCUUUUUGAAUUUGAUACGGAAGAACAUUCUUUAUACUCACGAACAUACUUCAAAAUAUCUCCGAUGAUAAGUGUAACAUCGUGAAAAUCAAACUCUUUCGAAGAAUGAAGCACAUAUAUCUUCCUCUGCUUUGAAAAUGUUUGUUGUAAUACAUAGAGCGCGAAGUACGCUUCUCUGGAGUGA